CCCGAUUACAAAUCCAGACAAGUAAUAGCACGCAAGUAAGUAAGUACGUUCAGUAACAGUGCUUUUUGGUCGCCUAAUCAUGAAGGAAAGGACUUUUCUUUCUGAAUCACUGAAGAACGAAUGUACAGAAAGCAAAGAGCAAGAACAUAGCAAUAAGAUUCCUUCAAGCCUUCAAGCAACCCUCAUCACAGCCAAGUUGAAUACAUUUAUAGUGGAAGCUUUGAGUAACUACACACACAAGUCCUUUAUUACUUUCUUCACUGUUGGCCUGAUAUUUCUCAUCUGCAUUAUCAUAGAGUUUGGUCGUCAAAUUUGGACUACUAGUACCUCGACCAAACCAGAGGUCAUACUAGUCUACUACCUUGGAUUAGUUUUGGCUGUCUGCAUAUUUUCCCUCACUUUCUUCCUUCUUUUUGUUUUCUGGGAAGUACUUCAACACGCUAUAGACAGAACAACCUGGGGCUAUAACUGCGUGAGGGUGUUAUUUUUCAUCGUUGAUGUCAUUACAGCAGUUAAAUGGUAUUCUGCCGCUAUUCAAGCCAGACCUGAUGGAAUCCAAUACAUCUUAAUGGCUUCAUAUAUCAAAGCUGGCUCUUUAGCUCUCUUAGGGUUCUUGUUUCUAAAGUGGUGCAUGUAUAGGCAGUGUAAAAACAAGACAUUUCAAAGUCUUCUUAAACUCAAACUCAGUGUCCUUAUAUUUUUGUCAAUCCAUAUAACAUUACUUGUGGCCUUUAAACAUCAAGGCAUAUCAUGGCAAACUACUGCUCUAGUCUGCUGCUUGUCCUUUCUCAGUCUUGCUCUCUGUGUAAUGGUAUUCUCCCAAUGCAGUGAAGAGAUUUCUGGUUUAGUCAUGCAAAUUAAGAUUACAAAACUUUUGAUAGUUCUCUACGUCAUCAUAAUAUCUUUGUUCUUGGCAGUGCACUACGAUAUGGACUGCGACAAUCAUUGUGGUGAGCGUACACUUCCAUCAACACAGAUAAAAAUAAACCAGAACCUUGAUGAUUUAGACAUAACCAAGGUGGUUGUCGGGGAGUUCACCGAGUUUAAAGAAUUGACUUGCAAGUUCAAUUGAACCAGAAAGGAUUAUAAUCUUGAGAAAGAUGGCAUGUUUAGCUGUUUGACCAAGAUCCAAUCAGUCUUCCAUACUAUUCAAUGAUAACAUAAACUAACUGCUGUAUCUCACUGCCUCAAUGCAUGUUCUGAAYUUUAUUGUAAAACUAGUAGAAUAUAAGGAAACAAAAAACGAACCAAAACUCUGGCCAACGAAAUAUUCUUCAAUUUUCUCAUUAGAAAUAAAGAGUAUUCAAACUAUUUGCAUGGAAGCAUAAUUAAGAGGUCAUAUCCUACCUGACAAACUGCCUAGCAUAUAUCAGUUAAACUCUAUUGCCUUCAAACAAUUGCUGCAUUUGGUUUAGUUUUUAUACAUUUAUUUUAUUGACCCAAAUUCCUAGACUGGAUAAAAUUGCAGCAUUUAAUAGGAGGACCUGGAGAAAAAAAAUUGUCGCKCAUUGUUGUUCACAACCGAUCCUAGCGUUUGCAAGGGUAAAAAAGUAWCAAAGUAUGAACGUAGGGCCAAAAUUCGUGUCAGACACUUAGAUAURUUGUCCUUUUUUUCAUUCGUAAUACUUGCCAACGCUAUACUUUGGAAGGGCCAACAUGGUGAAGUCAAUAUACUUACAUGGU